AUGGCAUCUAGCCUGACACAGCCAGCAGGCCUUGGCAGCCAGCUUAUAUCUGGAGUGAGCCAGCUGCUCAGCGGACAGAACCCAAACACAUUGGUCUCAGACGCCGCCUCUGCGUUGAACAGUGUUGUGUCUGGUGUGGUGAGUGGUGAUCUGAGCACCAGUCAGACUGGGCAGUUGCUGAGCACAGCACAGCAGGUGAUUGGGCAGAUUCCAGGCAUCAACAGCCUGCAGUCGAGUGGGAACCAGGCGCUGAGCAGCGCGCUGAACGCCAAUGUGCCUCAGCUGCUUGGGAGUUUCCUCACAGGUCAGGGAGAGGGCCAGAAUGUGAUCUCACAGGCCGGCCAGGCAAUUCAGAGCGCGCUCCAACUGCCGCCUCUCGGCGCACCACUGCCCGACGUGGCACUGCAGCUGCCCGUAGUGGGCACACCUCUGCCCAGCCUUGGGCAGGUCCUGCAGGGCGCAGCUCAAUUGCCUGCAGUGGGUGCACCUCUGCCCGGCUUCACACAAGUUCUGCAGAGCGCCCUUCAGCUGCCUGCAGCGGGGACGACACAGUCAGGCGUCACCCAGCUGCUGGGCACAGUGUUCCCGGCACUGGCGCGCAGCCCUCCUCCUGUCACACCAGCAAAUGAAGCUGAGAAGGAAGCAGACGAAGCCAAGCAGGGCUCAGAGUUCCCGCCGGCAGAGGCCAGCUCAGGGCUUCUGCCUCAGACAGCUGAAGCCGCCACGGGUGCGCCGUCACUGGAUGGCCCUUAUGCCGGGCUCAUCUACACGCCCGGACUGGAAAACUUCCUGGCUCCCAAGAUGGCGCCGGCACCUGCGCCAAUGUUUGCCCCGGCUCCUGGACCUGAACAGAUCCUGAAUAUCACAUUUUCGUACAAUUAUACGACCACCGCCCAGCAGGCGCUGUCAUUUGCCGCCUCCUUCGCAGACAACUUCAACCUGACCACAAUGGGCGGCUUGUCGGUGUCAGCCGCAAUCAAUGACACACAGUCAUACCUGCAGGAGCUCCAGCUGCUGGCUUCUCCACUCGCCAACGCUCAAGAUUACCUGCAGGCGCUAAAAUCUGGAAAAGACAUAUUUGACGAAUCCUGCGCAGCAGACACAGUGGAGCUGCCCAAAAAGAACCCUCCUUCCUGCACGGGCAAGAGCAUGCAGCUGACUCUCGUGCCCUGGGACUGCGUGGUGGAUGAUGACACCAACAUCAUGUCGUGCACCCCUGCCUACCUCACCCUCACCAAGAAUCCAGAUUCGUGCACGCUGUUGGACUUCUCAGAAGGGACCCUUGCUGGCAAGGAGUGCGGCCUGGUCAAGCGUUUCGGCCUGCCCAAGCACGAAGUCUUCGGUGGCCAAAAAUUCACUCUCAAGGCAUUGGAUGCGCUGAUCAGCCUGGAGAAGGCUGCUGGAGGCUCUGUGGAUGGCCCACUUGCCACCAUCGCCGCAGCGGCGGCCCCUCUACAGGACUUCCCCGCCAGCAUAACGAGCGCGGUUACCUCUUUGCUGAGCGGAUAA